AUGGCAGUCGGCGAAAGCAACGAGCCGUCAGCCCUGGCUAUCCGCCGAGUCACACACGAUAAAAUUCUCAUAUUUGGAGACUCCCUUACAGAACUCAGCAGCGAUAUUCACUCGCUUUCCUUUGCUCUCACACCUGCUCUGCAGCAUUAUUAUUUCCGAAAGCUCUCCGUGGUUGCGCGUGGAUAUGGAGGCUACAGCUCAAUUCAUCUGAAACACGUACUGCUGCCUACCUUGCGUGCAGAGACUGCAGCUGGAGAGACAAUCAAACUCUUGGUGGUGGAAAUUGGCACGAAUGAUGCAGCAGAGCGCGAUAUACAAACCGUGCCGGUAGAAACAUAUCGUGAGAAUCUCGAAUGGAUUGUGGAACAGGCACGGAAAUCCGGCGUCGAGAGAGUCCUGCUGGUGGGACCCGGUCCUGUGGAUGAAGAUAUGCUGGAACCUCCCAUUUACAACAGAGUGAUGCACAAUCUGAAAUACUCAGAGGCAGCGAAGGAUGUUGCAGCACGCUGUGGCGUACCGUUCAUUGACAUGUGGCAUACGAUGAUGGAGCGGGUAGGAUGGAAGGAAGGACAGCCAGUGCCGGGCCUAUCAGGCACGGGUGGAACAGUGCUGACAAAAUUAUUGACGGAUGGCGUUCAUCUCACUGGUGAAGGAUACAGGAUAUGGUAUGAUGAACUGCUAGCGGUGAUUAAGAGGGAUUUCCCAGAACUGCGAUCAGAAGCACUACCGACGGUAUUACCACACAUCUUUGAUGUAGAUAGGGCGAAUUUACCGGACACGCUAUGGCAGGAGGUUCAAGUGAAGGAAUAA